AUGAGCUGGCAAGAUUAUGUCGAUAAACAGUUAAUGGCAUCCAGAUGUGUUACAAAAGCUGCGAUUGCCGGUCACGAUGGGAAUGUCUGGGCCAAGUCAGAAGGCUUCGAAAUAUCAAAAGAUGAAGUCGCUAAGAUAGUGGCCGGUUUCGACAAUGAAUCAAUGUUAACGAGCGGGGGCUUGACGAUAGCGGGUACACGGUACAUCUACCUCAGUGGCACAGACCGCAUCAUACGCGCAAAACUUGGCAAGGUCGGCGUGCACUGCAUGAAGACACAGCAAGCCGUCGUAAUUUCUCUGUAUGAAGAACCCAUCCAACCCCAGCAAGCCGCAUCCGUAGUGGAGAAGUUAGGAGACUAUUUAAUUACCUGUGGUUAUUAG